AUGUCUUCUCAACCUGAACACGCUACUCUCCUCAUUCCUGGACCCAUUGAGUUCGAUGAUGAGGUCCUCAAGUCCAUGGGCCACUACAGUGAGAGCCACGUCGGCCCCGGCUUCGUCAACACCUUCGGCGAGACCCUCACCCUGACCCGCAAGCUAUUCCAAUCGACCGACCCCUCCGCCCAGCCCUACGUUAUCUCCGGUUCCGGUACCCUGGGAUGGGAUAUUGUUGCUGCCAACCUUGUCGAGGCCGGUGAGAACGCCCUCGUUCUCAGCACUGGAUACUUUGGUGAUGGCUUCGCCGACUGCCUGCGCGCCUACGGUGCCAACGUCACCAAGCUCGACGGUGAAGUUGGCGGCCGACCUCAGCUCCCCGAGAUCGAGAAGGCUCUUUCCGAGAAGAAGUACAAGAUCCUCACAGUCACCCACGUCGACACAUCGACUGGUGUCCUGAGUGAGCUUAAGAACCUUGCUGCUACUGUCCGCCGUGUCUCCCCCGAGACUCUCGUUAUCGUCGAUGGUGUCUGCAGUGUUGCCUGUGAGGAGAUCGCUUUCGAUGAGUGGGGUCUGGAUGGUGUUGUUACUGCCAGCCAGAAGGCCAUUGGUGUUCCCGCUGGUCUCUCCAUCUCAUUCUUCAGCGGCCGAGCUGUCGCCGCUGCUCUUGAGAACCGCAAGACUCCCAUUCCCGCUUACUUUGCCUCCCUGAAGAACUGGACACCCAUCAUGAAGAACUACGAGGCCAAGAAGCCCUCUUACUUCGCUACUCCUUCUCCCCAGCUCAUCCACGCCCUCCACACUAGCCUUACUCAGAUCCUUACUAAGCCCCUGUCUGAGCGAUUCCAGGGCCACAUCGAGGUCUCCAACAAGGUCAAGAAGGCUGUUACCGACCUUGGUCUGAAGGUCGUUGCUACUAAACCUGAGGACCAGGCUCACGCCAUGACUGCUAUUUACCUGCCUGAUGGCAUUGGCGCUGCUGAUGUUCUGCCCAAGUUGGCCGCCAAGGGUGUUGUCUUUGCUGGUGGUAUUCACAAGGCUAUUGCUCCCAAGUAUAUCCGAUUCGGCCAUAUGGGAGUCAGCGCUCUUGACCCCAGCCGAAACCACAUCGAGAAGGCUCUCAGCGCUCUUAAGGAUAGCUUGUUCGAGGUUGGCUACAAGGCUUAG